UGUGAGGGAACAAAGCUGGUGGGAAUUCAAACAGCUGUCAGGGGAGCUUUAAAAAUGCAAUAUAAGGAAAAGUGAAGGAGAACAGGGAAGAAGAGCGAGGAAGGAGUGUGGGCAGCAUCACUAGACCGGAAUGUCACUGUGCUCAGUAGCUCCUGAAAAACAAAACAUCAUUGGACACCAUGGGCCUCACUACACCGCAGUGAGGUAUUCUUUCUGUAGGGUUGGUAAAAAGUAUCAGGGGUGUGGAGAAAGAUAUAAACAACACUGUACUCACACUCUGUACCACUCUACCUAACACUGGGACCAUGAAUGCACAGAAGGCCACUCCCUGUGAGUAUGCUGGCAUACUGGGGGACAGCUCGGACUCUGACGAAGAGCCCAGUCCAGAGGAUCAGCUGGCUAUCUCCUGGGAGCACCUUCCUAUACUUGAGAGAUUGGGCCUCAGCAGUGGUACAGAGAUGACUGAAAAAGAGGUUGAGAAUGCGUUUACCCAGCUUGCACUGGCGUUCCGUUGUGACCAGUACACCCUAACCCAGAGACUGCAGGCUGAGGAACACGACAGAACAGUGGCCCAGGAGAACCUCAUCCUUGAACUGGAGCAAACCAGAAACACACUGCAGCAUCUGAGAGGUAGAUGUGUAGACGCUGAGAUGCUGAGUCGUAUUGAGGCCAGUUUGGACACAGUGCUGGACGGCGUGAGUGACAUCAUCACUGCUGCUGAGAUGCUGGGGACCGUGCACCAGGAGGCGCGAGUGUGUCAUUCUGUGGAGAUGAUGGGUAUACAAGUGGAGCAUCUGAAGCGUCGUCACGCUGUGGAGAGAUCCGAGCUGUUGGAGACCAGGAAGUGUUUCCACCGCAGCCGGGGCAGGAGACACAGCGACUCAGAGGAUGGAGACGUUAGGCACCUGUUUGCCAGGCGAGACUCCCAACAUACCCUCCUUCGGCGAAGAGUCAGCGUCACACUAAUCCCAACGGGAUCCCAGCUCAGCGACCUGGAGACCAAGUUCCAGGAGGGUUGCAGGGCCAGUGCUGCCAAUGACAGCCAGGGGCCAGAAGGGGGCAGUGUGAACCAAGCCAGCAGGCCCUCUGAGAUGUCCCCCCACCACACCCCCCUCUUGCUCAGACAGAGCUCCACACAGAGCUCCCAGAGCCUGGAGGAAGAGAGCGAGGUAGCCCCUCACACCAGUUCCCUUCAGAUGACCCUACAUCACAGGCGGAGGUCUGCAAUCGUGACGCGUGAGUCUAGUUCAGAGGAGGCCAAAGCCAAGGAGUCAAAAGCGGGGUCUGGAGUGGGGGCGGGGUCAGGGGCGGGGUCUGGAGCAGGCACAUCCGAGACCACCACAGAACCGCUAGUGGUGCUGUCAGACCAGCGCCUCCUAGCUACAUGGCUGUCUUACUGGAUGUGGAUGGUGCUGCUCCUCCUGGCUCUCUACUUCUUCCUGCUGCUGGGGUUCCUCCUCUGGGGUCUGAAGGUUCCACACCACAGCUUCUGAUAUCUCACUUCUGCUGCACUGCAUCUCAGCUCUACACCACAGAGUUCUGGGAUUUAGCAGAUGCUUUUAUCCAAAGCCACUUACAGUCAUGCAUAUUUUUACUUCUGUACCACUGAGGUCUAAGAACUGAAUUCUGAGCUAUGCACCACCACCAACUGAGAUAAACUGGGCAUGGCUUUGUGAAUGCAGGAGUUCCCAUAGUGUGGUCUGCAGUUGGGCUCUGCUCAACUACCGGAGUCUCUCGCUGUGCGGUGAGUUUAAGAGGGAUGAGAGUAACAGAGUUAAGAAUGUGCAGUAAACUCACUCCACAGCUAGCUUGAAAUAUCACCAACGGAUAGCAAACAGGAUCCUUUUCUAUAGCUCAAUUGGUUGGUACAGUACGUUGUUGUCACGCCUACUCCCUUCCUUAGGCACUCGAUGUUGUCGGUCUACUAAGCACUGGUCCUUGCAACCCACAUUGCGAACACCUGGCCAUCAUCAUUACGCACAUCUGGACUUCAUCACCACCCUGAUUACUAUCCCUUCAUAUAUCAAAUCAAAUUUCAAAUCAAAUUUAUUUAUAUAGCCCUUCGUACAUCAGCUGAUAUCUCAAAGUGCUGUACAGAAACCCAGCCUAAAACCCCAAACAGCAAGCAAUGCAGGUGUAAAAGCACGGUGGCUAGGAAAAACUCCCUAGAAAGGCCAAAACCUAGGAAGAAACCUAGAGAAGAACCAGGCUAUGUGGGGUGGCCAGUCCUCUUCUGGCUGUGCCGGGUAGAGAUUAUAACAGAACAUGGCCAAGAUGUUCAAAUGUUCAUAAAUGACCAGCAUGGUCGAAUAAUAAUAAUAAGGCAGAACAGUUGAAACUGGAGCAGCAGCACAGUCAGGUGGACUGGGGACAGCAAGGAGUCAUCAUGUCAGGUAGUCCUGGGGCACGGUCCUAGGGCUCAGGUCCUCCGAGAGAGAGAAAGAAAGAGAGAAUUAGAGAGAGCAUAUGUGGGGUGGCCAGUCCUCUUCUGGCUGUGCCGGGUGGAGAUUAUAACAGAACAUGGCCAAGAUGUUCAAAUGUUCAUAAAUGACCAGCAUGGUCAAAUAAUAGUAAGGCAGAACAGUUGAAACUGGAGCAGCAGCAUGGCCAGGUGGACUGGGGACAGCAAGGAGUCAUCAUGUCAGGUAGUCCUGGGGCAUGGUCCUAGGGCUCAGGUCCUCCGAGAGAGAGAAAGAAAGAGAGAAGGAGAGAAUUAGAGAACGCACACUUAGAUUCACACAGGACACCGAAUAGGACAGGAGUAGUACUCCAGAUAUAACAAACUGACCCUAGCCCCCCGACACAUACACUACUGCAGCAUAAAUACUGGAGGCUGAGACAGGAGGGGUCAGGAGACACUGUGGCCCCAUCCGAGGACACCCCCGGACAGGGCCAAACAGGAAGGAUAUAACCCCACCCACUUUGCCAAAGCACAGCCCCCACACCACUAGAGGGAUAUCUUCAACCACCAACUUACCAUAUAGCCCUCACCACCCUCAGUCAUCAGGCUGUAUUGGUUUUGUUUUCAUGUCUAGACGCUGCACUUGUUUUGUAACACGCUAUGUUCAUUAUUAUUAAACUCACCAUCUGCAA